CUCAAACAAAUUUGCUUUCAACAUUAUUUCGAAAAUGGCAGUGUUCCAAACUUCAUUACUCGUAGUAGUUGCUUUGGUACUUUGUGCCUUGGUGCAAGCAAAGCCUUCAGCAAGAAUAGUUGGUGGUGCCUAUGCACAAGUUGGACAAUUUCCCCAUCAAGUUGCACUUUAUACAAAUCGUGACUUUAAAUGUGGCGGAUCUAUUGUAAGCUCACGUUACAUUUUGACAGCUGCUAGUUGUGUCAUUCGUGAUAAUGGAUCUGAAAUUUUUUCACCAAAAGAAUUGAGUGUUCGCGUUGGCAGUAUGUACCGUUUGAACGGUGGAGAAAAAGUUACAGUCAAAAAUGUUAAAGUCCAUGAAAACUACAAAAAUCAGUGGUCAAAUAACAUUGCACUAUUGGAAUUGGAAAAUGAACUUGUAUUCUCUUCCGAUGUUCAAAAAAUUGAUUUAUUCAGUGGUGAAGUGCCAACAAAUUCCAAAGUAAUCACUUCUGGAUGGGGACAAUUAUAUUACAAAGGAACCUAUCCAGAAUGGUUAAAAUUCAAUACCGUUUUUAAAAUGGAUUCAUCAGUUUGCAAAGUACUUAUUGGAUUUGGGGAUGAGUCUUUAAUGUGUCUUGGUCAUAAUUACAUGGAGGGAGCUUGUGAUGGAGAUACUGGUGGUCCAGCUAUCUACGAUGGCAAACUUGUUGGUGUUUUUAAUUUUAGUAAAGAUGGAUGUGGUGGUACUAGACCUGAUGCAUACACCACAGUUAGCUACCAUCUUGAUUGGAUAAAUUCAAAUAUGAAUUAAGACAAUUCUGUAAAAUAUUACAAAAAGUGCCCUGGUUUUUUCUUGGCAUACAAAUUAUUUGUGGAAUUUUGUUUUAAAUCUAUUUUUAUAA